AUGAUCAACUUCGCUUCAUUCCUACGCAUUGCAAAAGUAUUCUUGUACAAGUACGAAUUGCAUGACUUGUUGUGCUGAUUUACCUUAAGAAAAAGAUUUGUAAUGCAUGACUGCAAUUAGUAGAAGUACGACUACGAUACUUUUGCAAUGCAUACUUCCGGUCCAGCUACGAUUCCACCAUGGAGGCCCUGAAGUUUUCGAGCCGGUUGAAGACCAUUGCAGUGAUAUUCUGAGCAAAAACGUCCCCACCUGAUAGUCAAUGAUUGGUAAAUCUGCAACACAAAUGCAGAAGUUUUGGGACUCGCGCAUGACAAGUUGUGUCUCUCCGUAUGGUAGUGCAGUUUAGAAUAUAGUACGUAUAGAAGGACAGGCGUGGAUCACAAUAAACCCAUCUACUUGUCCCGUCUGCAGAAACGCGAUUCAAAAUGAUGCGCCUCAUGGGGCUGCGGCUGCGCAUUACAAACGUUCCUGUAAUUGCAAAUCUGCAUGACAACUUCGGGGUGGGGGCGUUUUUCCUCAGGAGAAGCGAUUGCGGAGGGGAUGCCGGAACGACAAACUCGGGAACUGAUCUGCCUUGCGGAGGUAUAAUUUCUUCUUUAUGAAUGUAUCACUUUCAUGAUAUACGUUGCUACAAAAGCACGGUUUUUUGUGAUGUGUGUUCCUCUAUACAGCUGCUCCUCCUUCCGUAAUGCACCGCCCACAAACAAUAAAAUACAAAAACAUCAGGCAAAGGGCGUGUCCAUUAUUGGUCCUGCCACCGUGGGCGGCAUCAAGCCGGGCGCCUUUCGCAUCGGCAACUAUCAAAUGCAAAUGUGUCUGGGUCUGGUUUGUCAUGCACAUUUUGCAUGACUCCUGAUGUCUGUAAUGCAUGCCCUAGCAUCACAGAUUUCGUGACGCCUUCCUAAUGCCUAUACCGCAUGAGAAAUGCCCUCGCGCCGUGGCAAGAACUGGGCCUCUUUUGCUAUUCAAGCAAUACAGAUUUUUGUAGCAUCCUAAUGGAGCAUCACAAGUUACAUCCUUCCAGACCCAGAUAUGUUUGCAUUUGAUAGCAACACCGGGGGCGCGAUCGAAAACAUUAUCAUGUCGAAACUUUACCGUCUAUCAACUGCAAAAAUGUCUGGGGCUGGAAGAGUCGGGGCUUGUCAUGCACAUUUUGCAUGACCCUUGAGGUCGGUGAUGCUGGUGCUAGCAUCACAGAUUUUUUGAGAGGUUAUUGAUGCUAAUCACGUAUGAGAAAUGCCCUCUCCGCGACGUGCCAAGGACUCACUCCUCUUGCUGCUCAUGCAACACAGAUAGUUCUAGAAUCCGCAGACAGCAUUACAAGUUCCACUCUUCCAGACCCAGACAUAUUUGCAAUCCAUACCGUCCGGGGUCUGUGGCAUACGUCUCCCGGUCCGGCGGCAUGAGCAACGAGUUGAACAACAUCAUAUGUCGCAACACCAACGGUGUGGCCGAGGGCGUGGCGGUGGGCGGGGAUCGGUAUCCGGGCACGCGGUUUCUGGACCACAUCCUGCGGUACCAGCGGAAUCCGAGCGUGAAAAUGAUUGUGUUGCUCGGGGAAGUCGGGGGGUUGGAUGAGUACGAGGUGCUCGAUGCGGUCAAGGACAAACGAAUCACCAAGCCACUGGUCGCGUGGUGUGUCGGCACCUGUUAUCCUGUCUGAAAACUACGUCCUCACCCCAUAGUCAAGUUGGAAAAUCAGCUAGACAAUAAAUCAACCAGAGUUGGUUGUUUCGCAUGAGAAGUUUGUCCUCGUAGUGUAGUCCUGUUCAGCUAGUUCAGCAGCAUCACAGGCCUAGCGUAUAACCCUGAUUAAGCAUCACAAAUUGACUCCAAAACAUGAAGACAAAAUGCUUCGCAUGGGGCUCCGCAUGAGAAGCUUUUUUGGCAUGCAGAUUUGCACGACAACUCUGGGGUGGGGAUGUUUUUCCUCAGAAUACCUGUGCAGCGGCGUUCAGCGACGAGAUGCAGUUCGGGCACGCCGGGGCGCAAUCCCUAUCAAAAGCAGAAGUGUCUGGGUCCUCUGGAACAAAGCAACUUGUCAUGCUAAAUCUGAGUCAUGUAAAAUAAAUCUGUGUUGCGUGAUUACUAAAAGUUCUCCACUUUUGAGCCAAUCGAGAGGCGGUUUCUCAUGCAGGAUAGGCACGAUAGAACAACUUUGACAGAAUCUGCCAUGCUACGUCUUACAUACCAGACCUCAUGGGUCAUGGAAAACCUGCAUGACAAGUCUGGCACUCUUCCAGACCCAGACACACUUGCAGUUGAUAAUCCCGGUCCGACCGCGAAACCGCGAAGGCAAAAAAUCUGGCGCUCUCCCUUAUAACCUGCUCAGGUGUUAGUACAAUCUCAAACGUUAUAAUAGAAUCUGGAAAUCUGUGAUGCAAAAGGCGAAUGGCCUAGCCUACUCCCACAGCAUUGCGCAUGACAAAUUCUGGAGUCCCAAACCGCACUAGCAAAUCAUCCGAAAUUUGUAUUGCAGAAAGUGGAACGCUGUGCGGUUCUGUUAUGCUCAUCAUGCAAUAAAAAAUCCAGAUUCUAUUGUAACGUUUGAGAUUGUAACUAACGUUUGAGCGGGUCAUAUCACUUCAGAACGGCAUCACAGUGCCCCGAUCGUUUGACUCCCUCGGCACGGAGAUCAACAAAAUCUACAAGCAAUUGCUCGAAAAGAAGGAGAUUCCCCUGUUUCAGGAGCCGGAGGUGCCGCAAGUGCCCAAAGACUUCAAGACGCUGCAGAAGCUCGGCGUAGUGCGCCCGAACCCGGCCAACAUGGUGUGCAGCAUUUCGGACGACAGGGGGGACGAAGUGACGUACGGGGGCAUGAAAUUGAGCAACAUCAUGCAGAUGAGCCGCGGCGUGGGCUCGGUCAUUUCGUUGCUGUGGUUCAAACGGAACUUGCCGCUCGAGUGCUGCUAUCAAGUGUAAAAAUGUCUGGGUCUGGAAGAUUGCCAGGUUUGUCAUGCAUAUUUUGCAUAACCCAUGACGCCUGUAAUGCAUGGCCGAGCAUCAUAGAUUUUUAAAGGGCCUUCUGAUGCGUAUUCCGCAUGAGAAACGCCCACUCCGCGUAGCACAAACUGAAGCCCUCUUGCUGGUCAUGCAAUACAGAUUUUUUUACCUUCCAAAGACAGCAUCACAAGUUGCAACCUUCCAGACCCAGACACUUUUACAUUUGAUAGCUGCCAGUUCAUGGAGAUGAUCCUGAUGGUGUGCGCCGACCACGGUCCCGCCGUCUCGGGAGCGCACAACGCAAUCGUGUGUGCCCGCGCGGGGAAGGAUGUGGUGGACAGCCUCUGCAGCGGGUUGCUCACCAUUGGGCCGCGGUUUGGCGGCGCGCUUGAUGCCGCCGCAAAGUCUUUCACCAAGGCGUUUUAUGCAUCGCAAGAGCAUCGCACUUCUAGUAGAAAUCGCAUGACAAACACAAAUUUCUUCAGCAUGAGAAACGAAAUUUGUAGUGCGGCUUUACCUUGGGAAAGAGCUUUUUAAGGUGUGACUGCAAUUAUUAUUACCAGUGCGAUACUUAUCUUGCAGUCUCGAUAAGUUCGACAAGGCCAUUGACGCGCGUGACUACGUGAACGAAAUGAAGAAGAAGAACGAACUCAUCAUGGGGAUCGGGCACCGAAUCAAGUCGAAGCACAACCCGGACAAACUAUCAAAAUGAAAAAUCCCCCCACCCCAUACUCAAGAUUUGUGAUGCUGAUUUGUGACCACAAAUCAUAUUGUCAUGCUAGAAGGGAAAAGAUGCAGUCUGUAGCGCUGGCUGACGUAAGAAGGCCUUGCGUCUUUAGCAUGACAGGAGGCAACUGCGAGUGGGAAACAGCAUGACAAAUUUUCGGCCAUAACUGCGUCCCUUGGCCCUCUAGCAAUACAAGCCGACUUGUGUACGGAAAUCCAGCAUCACAAAUUUCCUGUCCGAUAUGGGGAGGGGUUGUUUUUCCUCACGAGACAAACGAGUGGAAAUUUUGAAGAAGUUCGCAUUGGACAACUGGUCCAGCGUAUCGCCAGAAAAAAGUGUUAAUACAGUUACACAUUGCGUUGCAGGGCAAGCAAGACAGACAAGCUCUGUCAUGCCGGAUAUGCAUAGGAGCCUCGUUUCACAGGUGUUUUCCCGUAGGAUUUCUGCAUUACAAGUUUUCUCUCUCAUGCAGAGAAAUUUGUGUUGCUGAAUUCACUACAAAUGUGUAACUGUAACACUUUUUUCGUGGGAUACAGCGAGGAUCCGCAGGAGUCCGUGCUGGGAUUUGCGCUGAAGGUGGAGGAAGUGACCAUCACCAAGAAAGCCAACCUCAUCCUCAACGUCGACGGAUGCAUUGCCGCCGCCUUUGUGGACAUGCUGCGAAAGUAUCGUACGAAAAAACUGUCCCAGUCUCAAGCCUUUGCAGUAGACUCUAGCAAUAGAAAUUUGCGCAGCAAGACACGGAAAACCUGUGAUGCGUGAGAAACAAGGAAAAAUGCCUGUGAAAGACGAUUUUCUUGCGUGUCGAGCAUGACAAAAAACUGUCUCAAGGGAGUUGCGCAUUGCAAGUUGCGCCUGAGACAGUUUUUUCCCACGAUAGAAAGUGCGGCGCGUUCACAGUCGAAGAGUGUGACCAGUUCGUGGAUUCCGGCUGCCUGAACGGCUUGUUCGUGCUGGCUAGGCAUCGCAAAUAUGUCCAGGUCCUCUGGAAGAGACUUGUGCGUUUGUGAUGCUACUAGCUCUGGCCGAUGGGCAUCAGCGAGAAGAAGCCUUCUCAAAACUUUAAACUUGUGAUGCUAUUGCUUGCAUUUACCAAAGCUUCUGGGCGGUCAUGAUGCAAAAACCGCAUGACAUUUAACUGAGAACACCAGACAUAUUUGCAUUUGAUACCGGCGCGCUCCAUCGGGUUGAUCGGCCACGUGCUGGACCAUAUGCAGUGCAAAAGUGUCGUACUAGUAUAAACCAGCCAUGCUCCGGCUGCCGCCGGAGCGCAAGGCUGUUGGACCGGGGCAAGACAGUUUGCCGAUCGGACCACAACGCCACGGGCCUGUGCGCAACGAAGCAUACUGGAGUUUGCGCCGCGCCAACCCGCAGGACUACUUGCGCGCCUCCCGCGCCUGUGGGCGCUCUGCGCAGGGAGCAACUGCAAAGAACACCGGGGGCGAACAGAAGCCGCCCGCCGCGAGAGGGUGGCGCGGGAGGGUGGCGCGAGAGGGUCGCGCGAGAGGGUGGCGCGAGAGGGUGCGCGAGAGGGUGGUGGGGACAGGCGCCGGACAAAACAAGUCCGCGAAGAGCCUGCGACGCUAAAUAUGGGGACUCCCAUGCGGAUUCGCGCCCGCUACUUUGUGUCUUUACCCUCUCGCAGACCUCUCGCAGACCCUCUUUUUUACCUCUUUUGGGGGUCCCCGCUAAUAGUCCGGCUAUACUCGAGGGUAGAGGUCGACAGAGGUGGCCGAGAGGGUGCGCGAGAGGUUGGCCCUUAUUCGCGCCACCUCUCUCGACCUCUGUCGACCUCUCGCGCCCCCUCUUUGUGACCUCUCUGCACCCUCUGAGGCACUUAGGCGCCGCCUUAAGGUGGGUCCUUCGGCGGGCUAUACUCGCGCACCCUCUCGCCGACCCUCUCGAAAGGGGUCCCGCGCCACCUCUCCACCUCUGUCGACCUCUUUUUUACCUCUUUUGACCUCUUUUUGACCUCUCGGCCACCUCUUGUUUACCCUCUGUCUACCUCUUUUUUCGCAUGAAUAUAAUAUAUAGCAAUUGCAUUACAAAUUUGCUCAGCAUUACAAAUGAAUAAAUUUCUCAUGCUGAUUUACCUUAAUAAAAAGAUUUGUCAUGCAUAAAUGCAAUUACAACGAGUGCGAUACUUUUGCACAGGAUAGACCAGAAGCGGCUCAACCAACCGCUGUACCGCCACCCCUUCACGGACAUUGCCUACAUCGAGGACCGCCCGCCCACGCGGGUUUCUGGUGCUGCAACGCCAAAUUUGGCGUGAGGCGUAAGUACGCGAUCAAGACAUACGAAAAUGUAAAGAAUCGAGAAUCUGCGUUGCUCCUUUUGGUUUUUCCACCUCUACUUCGUGUAAAAAUAAAGGCAAUUAAUCGUGUAUCAUGAAUCUAAGGGGUUGUGCUUCUAGCGCCGUCAGGAUGGAGUCAUUGAUGCUCUCACUUCUUGACUGGAAACAAAGGAUUUUUUUUAUGGCGUUCUCAACUGUUACAUUCUCAAGUGUUACAUGGAUUUGUAAUGCAAAAAUGGUAAAAGUGAAAGGAAAGACCUUGCGCGUCGUGCAUGACAGAUUUGGCGCAGAUUCUCCGCCUGUUUGGCCGUCUGAGAAUUUGCCACGCGAAGCAGCUUGAUGGCGUUAGUAGUCAAGGCAAUUUUGCAUGACAAAUCACGUAACAGUUGAGAAUGUAACGUUUGAGAGCUCCAUAUUUUUUUGUGUUUAGUUUUAAACACUCCAAGAACUUUUCAUACAUGAUAGGAAAGAAGCAAUAUAAAAAAUGAGAAGCGCUGCUGCAUUCUGCGGUCGAAGUGAGUUCUUGGUCACGACUUACUACUUCGUGUUCCAAUCUUCACGAAGUCGUGCCAGGACACCUUUUACGAAGUGCAUCAGCCGCAAGAAUACAGUAGUACAACGAGUUCAGGAUACAACUAACGCUGAACUACAAGUUGGGAAUCGCAUCAAGCGGCACGUAAGGUAAAACACAUGCUGCUUUUCAGAUUUUUUUGGGUCUAUUCUUUUUUUGGCUAAGGAGGAUGUAGCAAAUCAUUUUCAGAUGCAUAUUAUGUCGGCUGAUAUGCUGAGCAGAAGGAUCGUGCUUUCCUGCGCCACUUCUUUGUUUUUCUGAAAAUUAUAGUCGCAAUGAAAUACUAAAAGUAAACUUGCAAUCCCACCAGCAAUCGAGUUCGAACAGACAGAACAUUGAUUCUGAAUCAGGAUGAGCUUAUUGCUCUCUCUUUUUUUUUUUUGCUAACCCUAACACGAUGACGUGAAGUAGAAGAACUGUACUGCUACCCGACUACCUACACACAAUCACGCAAAUCCAAGCCCCCUGUGGACGUCCCCGAAAACAAGCAGGAGCUCUAGCGGACACAUUGAUUUGUGUCACGAGCAGCUCUUACUUUUGUCGCAACCCUGAGAUGAUGUCUCCUUGAAACCAUUUUACCAGUAUCCCCGAACAGCGUGACCGAUCAAAUACAAAUUCAAAAGAACAAGUUGUAGCAUGAAGAU